GCCACAUGCUGUUUCUUUUUUGCAGACUUUCUUGCCGCCACCUCAACAUCUUUGGCUCUUCUUGCCUUUUCCCCCUCUCGAUCUCUGUCCUUGACGUUUCUGCUCUUGAUUGUAAACUCGUGGUUCUUGUUGUCGGAGCACGCGCCCUGUGUCGAAACCUGCUGCUUGUGUGUUUCAUCAUCAAGGCCUUCCAGCCACCGCAUCGCUCCGGUCGCGACCCACCUUGGCUGUUUCGCCGUUUCGCCGCCCUCCUCCUCGCCCCUCUCCCGCCUGCCUGAGCCCAUUCUCUGGACAUCCUUUUCCCGUGUGUCGACCACCAUAACAUACAUACAGACACACACACACACACACACAUCCCACGAACGCCGCCGCCAUGUCGUUCUCCAGCCUCGUCCAGGACCUGUCGGUCCGCGACCGCCGCCCUGCCGCUCGCGGCGGCGCCCCCUCCGUCUCCACCAUCGACGACCGCACCUCCCACAUCUCGAGGGCCAUGUCCUACGCCAGCACCGCCGCCACCAGCGUGAGCAUCUCGGGCGACAUCUCUAGCCAGCUCCAUGGCGGCUACCACCACCCGCUCGCUCGCGCGUGGCAGGCCGAGCGCCAAUUGACAAAGUCCAUGCUCAUCUACCCGCUCUUCGUUUCCGACCUCGAGGACGACGAGACCCUGAUCCCUUCGCUACCGGGCCAGUACCGCCGCGGCCUGAACAAGCUGGUCCCCUUCCUCGAGCCCCUGGUCCGCAAGGGCCUCAGGUCCGUCAUCCUCUUUGGCGUGCCGCUCAAGCCGGGCGUCAAGGACGCCCUCGGCACGGCCGCCGACGACCCUCAGGGCCCCGUGAUGCAGGCCAUCCGCCUCAUCAAGCAGCGCUUCCCGCAGCUCUUCAUCGUCGUCGACGUCUGCCUCUGCGAGUACACGUCCCACGGCCACUGUGGCAUCCUGCGCGACGACUCCACCCUCAACAACCAGCUCUCCGUCGACCGCAUCUCGGACGUCGCCAUCGCCUACGCCCUCGCCGGCGCGCACUGCGUCGCCCCCUCGGACAUGAACGACGGCCGCAUCCGCGCCAUCAAGCUCAAGCUCAUCGAGGAGGGCAUCGCGCACAAGACGCUGCUCAUGUCCUACGCCGCCAAGUUCUCGGGCUGCCUGUACGGCCCCUUCCGCGACGCCGCCGGGUCGGUCCCCAGCUUCGGCGACCGCAAGUGCUACCAGCUCCCUCCGGGGGGUCGUGGCCUCGCCCGCCGCGCCAUCACCCGCGACAUCGGCGAGGGCGCCGACAUCAUCAUGGUCAAGCCGGCCAGCCAGUAUCUCGACAUCAUCAGCGACGCCAAGGAGCUCGGGCGCGACCUCCCCGUCGCUGCGUACCACGUCAGCGGCGAGUUUGCCAUGGUGCACGCUGGUGCGAAGGCGGGCGUGUUCGAUCUGAAGACCAUGGCCUUCGAGGUCACCGAGGGAAUUCUGCGUGCCGGUGCGACCAUCAUCGUCAGCUACUUUACCCCAGAGUUCCUGGAUUGGCUGGAUAACUAGAUUUCGCUUGUGCAGAUGGUAGAAGCGAGACGAAGAAAAUCGAUGCGCAUACAAUAAGCUGGGGCUGCGCCAGGCACGCAAGUAGCGGGGGAAGCAUAGACCAUGGAAACAUGAAAUCUCGACUGAGAUGGCGUUUGGUGAUGGUUUCGGGUUCUAGGUAUACUUCAUUUCUUUCUAUAUAGGCGUUCAUCUUGUUUGCUCGGUCGCACUCAAAAAUUUAGCGGUUAUCAAUUUUUCUAUCAGUUUCAAGUUGGCAUUCGUGCUGCAGAUGCUCUGC